CGGUCCCGAGGCGACGGCGGCGAUGGCGGCGGCCGUGGAGUCGGUCCAGCGGGGCCCUUCGGGGCUGUCCCUGCGUUUCGACAAGCCCAUCAAGCAGGCGUUCUACAACACGGGCGCCGUCCUGUUCGUGUGCCUGUGCUGCGGGGCGGCCGUGCUGGUGUACCUGAUCCUGGAGGCCUUCCUGCGGCCCCUGCUGUGGGCGGCGCUGUGCGGCACCUUCCUGCACCCGUUCAAGAGGUCGCUGACGGCGGCGGGGCGCGGCUGGCUGCGGCGGCUGCGGCGGCCCGGCGCGCCCGCCCUGCCGGCCGCCCUGCUGCUGCUGCCCGUCUGCUGCGCCGACCGGGCGGCCGAGGCCCUGGGGCGGCGGCUGGGACGACAGCUCGGAGGGGGGGGGGGGGGGGGACAAGGCCGACGCCGACGCCAACCGCGCCCGCCGCCGCUGCUGCUGCUGGUCCUGGCCGGCGGCCUCCCGGGCCUGGCCGCCCUCUACCUGCUGGGCGCCGCCCUGGGCGGACGGGCCCUCCUCGCCCGGGCCGCCCUCCUCAUCUGCCGGGGCCUCGACUACUUCAGCACCCUCUGGAUCUGGACUUUGGUGAUUGGAUAUGUGUUGACUGUUUUGUUCAAGUGGAACGCAAGUACUGAGCGCUACUUGAGAGCCAUUUCAGUUCCUGUCUGGAUUAUUUUGCUCUUCCAUUUAGCAUCCGUCGCUGGCUCCUGGCGGAUCCCAGUGUUUCUGGUGAUCGUCUUUCUGAUGAUCGUGGGCACCCUUCAUGAGAAGCAGAGUGGGAAGGAGUCCUCAGGGGCAGAAUUACCUGGCCAGGUGAUUUCCUUGGCUGCUUCCAAACUUGCUACAUUUGCCAUAUCCAUCACAGGCUAUGAGCCAAGUCACGAAGAAGCCCACUCUCCAGAACCCCAAGACCAUGGGGAUCCUCUUCAGGAAUCAUCCUCUUCUGUCUACUUGUCCGCUUCCACUCCUUCCCCCACUUCUGGUAGGCAGAGACCCGAAAUUGGAUCCUUCCAUAGAAAGAAGAAAGCCAGUGAUAUCUACUUCGUGACACUCAUUUGGGCCGUAAUUCUAGUCCAGAUUUGGCUGAAUCUGUGGAUUGUGCAGUUGCUGCCAGUACCUGUGGCAGUGUGGAUACUCAAAAAACUCAUCAUCCACUUUGGCGUCGUGGACUUCUUCGAGAAACGCUGCUCUGGCUGGUGGAAAGUUCUAGAGCACUUUGUGAAGGAGCGGCAGGAGGCUUUGGCACCUCUACCGAUCAUAGGGCUCGGGAGGUUCAUGCUGAAAAUGGACAGCAAGCUCUGGGACUGGCUUAAUAAGAAGAUGAUUAUAUGGUUGGAGAAAAUGCUAGAUAAAAUAAUUAGCAUUUUCAUCAUAUUUUUGCUAGUAAUAGGAACUCUUCUCCUAGCCCUGUUCCUCACUGCAAAGGUGCAUCAGGAGAGUGUGCAUAUGAUUGAAGUCACAAGCAACUUAAUCAAUGAGACUGUAGCCAACCACCCAGAAUGGGCAAACUGGCUCCCUGAGGCUCAGGUCGUUCAAAGAGCGCUCAAUUCAGCUGCUAACAAUGUCUACCAGUAUGGACGCGAAUGGAUAACACAUAAGCUCCAUAAGAUUUUAGGAGAGAAAGUGAACAAUACCGCCAUGAUUGAAAAGCAAGUGCUUGAACUCUGGGACAGACUUUAUCACUCUUGGUUUGUGAAGAAUGUAACUCAUUCCGGAAGGCACAAAGGCCACAAGAUGCAUAUAAAUCGACAGAAUAGCUGGCUUGGCGAUAUAUUGGACUGGCAGGAUAUCGCUUCCUUUGUUCACGAGAACAUUGAGACAUUUCUGUCUAUUCUGGAGUCCCUGUGGAUAGUGAUGAGUCACAACUUUAGCCUGCUUUUUACCACCAUUACUACGUUACUGACUAUCCUCUUCUACAGCGGCACUGCCCUGCUCAAUUUUGUCCUAUCUCUGGUGAUUUUCCUGACCACACUGUUCUAUCUGUUGAGCUCCAGCGAUGAAUACUACAAGCCCGUGAAGUGGGUGAUUAGCCUGACUCCACUUUCCCAGCCAGGCCCUUCUUCAAACAUAGUUGGCCAGUCAGUGGAGGAAGCCAUCAGAGGUGUGUUUGACGCUUCGCUCAAAAUGGCCGGGUUCUAUGGGCUGUACACCUGGCUGACACAUACCAUCUUUGGGAUCAACAUUGUCUUCAUACCAUCAGCGUUGGCCGCGAUCCUGGGAGCGGUUCCGUUUUUAGGGACGUACUGGGCUGCCAUCCCCGCCGUUCUGGACCUGUGGCUGACCCAAGGGGCCGGCUGCAAAGCCAUCUUGCUCCUGGUGUUUCACCUACUGCCGACAUACUUCGUGGACACCGCGAUCUACUCUGAUAUAUCGGGAGGCGGCCAUCCCUACUUGACGGGCUUAGCGGUGGCUGGAGGGGCCUACUAUCUAGGCCUGGAAGGGGCCAUCAUAGGUCCCAUCCUCCUCUGUAUCCUGGUCGUCGCCUCCAACAUCUACAGCGCCAUGUUAGUGAGUCCCACGGCUUCCCUGUCCACCCCGUCCCAGCUACACGGGACUUUUAGAGAAACUCCCGAAGACCCGAAAUCUGCAGCAGACUGAACGAAUCGCCCCUUCUCUACUACAGAGAGUCGAGCCGUCUUCGACUUGCAGUGAGUUUGGAACAGUGGAGGCCGUCUCCCCUUUUCAACCGUGGCCUCCGGCACCCUCAGCCCACAUUUUGGGAAAAAAACAUUCGCUGGCCUUCCCUUCAGAGCACCUUUCCUUGGCCGGUAGCUUUGCAGGUUAAUGUGCCGGUCUACAGGUUGGACAUCUUGUUUGCUGACAUCUGUUUCCUAAAAAGUCCUUGAGAGGUUGCGGUUUAUACACUGGAGGCAAGGCGACCGUCUGCUGAAACAGCUAACGAGGUUCUUCGCCUGUUGGGUAAUUUAUAGGGGUACACGAUUGAUGUGAACAGAGGUGGCAGAAUCAGCCUUCGUUCCCGGCGUGCCUGGUUAAAAGAAGGCUUAUUUAUUUGACAGUAAUUUUACGGGCUAUGAAGGCCCUCCUAUCAAACUGUGGAGCAGUGUAAUAAUCUAGUGCUUUAAAGAAGUAUCUAGAAUGCUUAUCUGUGGCGGUUGGUUUUUUUCUCCAGUGAAUAACUGAAGUAUCUGCGGGUAACCCUCACCCCUCCAGGAGAAGUGGAAGGGCGAGUGUUGUCUCCCUGGUCCCCCAUUUAAUCUUCACUUGAAGUAGAGUCACUCCCCCAGUAUGUGUUUUGUUGGUUUUAUUGUUUGUUUUUCUUUUAAUGGCAUUUGUUAUGCACUUGCUAUAUGCCAGGCACUGAAUUA